AUGAGUUCGCCCGCUGCGCUGGCCUCACGCGCCAACCACGCUGCAGACAAUUCAGACCUUUCCGACAUAGACACCAACAGCCGAGUCCAUCAACAAACAGGUAAACAAUCCACCGACCAACUCCCCACAUACCUUGCCGAAGACGAUGANCUACUCGGACAACGACUACGAAGACGACCACGAUGCACCCUCCCCGAGCAUGACGACCUGUACGAUCAGGACGACUCCGACCUCCCGCCGUUACCCAUGUCCAACGACAGCCUACUCCACCUCACCAACCCCCACAGCGAUGCCUACGAUGAGCGUGAGAUGAGGAGGAAACUCAUGGACGUCGAGUCCAGCUUCAUGCCCGACCUGCUGUCCACCCGCGUUCCACAUGAAAGAACUGGCGCCGACGAUACCUACCUCAACAUCAAACAUCAACAAGACAGUGACAUUCCGCCCAUUCAAGAGCAAACAGAAGAUGACAUCGCUGAAGACAACCCUGAGGAUGAAGAUGAGGAAGAGGACGAAGAGGACGUCGCAUCCGUCACAUCUGCUCCUGUCAUACAGCCUUCGUCCCCUGCCGCUGCCGCUGCCGAACGUUCCUCAAUGCGCGCCGAUCCCGUGCGACGCCCGUCAGAAAACGACCACGACCUGUCGACUGCCUUUACCAGACUCACCUUACGCUCCAGCGCCUCCAAGGAUGCUGACCAACGAACACUGUCCUGGAACAUGGCACAACCCUCAUCUUCCUCCGACUGUCGCAUCUUUUCCUCCUCUUCGAGAGAAGCCGCCCAACCAUCCAAAGAAGCCGCGCAAGGGGCUCCGUCGCAAGAGCUCGAACAUUCCUUCUUAUCCACCACAUCCGCCUCGACAAAGCCAGAAGACGUCCCCUUGCCCAUCUCAGACAAAAGCCUGCUCGACUUGGGAAGCCUUCACUCAGCCUCGUCGCGUCUACAGAUAAGGCCAAGCUACGCCUCUCAGAGAAACCCCAGCCACCUGUCGGCCAUCUCGAACGCCGACACUGAAUACUCGACCGGUGAUUACGCCUUGCAGACUGGCGGCGCCAUUCCCGAAGAUCACUCCUUUGGCCACGGCCGCCCACUCUCACGCCUACCCAGUCUCGGUAGCGUCGUUUCGGCAAUGUCAAGAGACAGUGAACCUGUUCCUCCCUCAUUGAAUCGCGGCAACUCGGUUCUGGCAAGCAUUCGCGCAGAACGUGCUCUAGGUAGCUUGGAGGAGGAGGACAAAAUAUCAAACGCCUCUGAUCCCGUCACGCCCCGUCCACCAGACAUGUUUGAAUUCCAUGCCCCUACCGAUACCAUCAUCACUAGACACGUGCAGAACAUUCAAGUCCCCGAUACUAUCGCAAAGGAGUAUCGACAGCAGAACCGUCCUAUCUCUCCAGACAAGCGUCCAGCCUCCUCAUCAAAUGCCCUGACCUUCGGUAAUCGCCCGGGUGGUAAUCUUACCCUCAAAGAGCAAAACAGCAAGAUUGACAAGCUCACCAAGGAGAAUUUCGACCUCAAACUCAAGAUCCAUUUCCUCGACCAGGCCUUGCAAAAUCGUUCCGAAGAAGGUGUUAAGGACAUGAUUAACAAGAAUGUCCAGUUCCAGACCGAUCUGGCCAACGAGCGAAAGGAAAACCAAUCUCUGCGGCGCAAAAUCCGGGAUCUUGAGAAGAGGCUUAAGCAGUCAGAGUUGGAUCUGGCAGAAGCACGCAAAGCUGCUCAAGAAGCGGCUGGCAACGGUCAUGAAGAGCUCGAGUAUGAAAUCCUGACCCUGAGCGAAGAGCUCGAUAGAAAAACGAUUCAGAUUGCGCACCUGACUGCCGAGAACAUGGCCAAGGAGGUGGAGAAGCGCAAAAUGAAAGAAUACAUGACUGCCAUGAAUGAGAGACGGGGCUCAGAGCAUGAUGUUGUCGAAGAAGAAUCCGAAAUGUGGAAGGACCUACUCACGACAGAAACUGCUCGCAGAGAACAGGCUGAAGAAGAUAUUCGCAAACUCCGUGAAGAGGUCAUCAUGCUGAGGAGCGAGAAGGCUUCAGAGGCGAGUAGAGGACUCAACACCAACAGAAUGAGCCAACUUCGCUCCCAAUCUACGGGGUCAGAGCAUAUCGACAGUCGCAGCGGUGCCGUCUCAGCCUCCAGUUCUACCCUCGUCGACCAGCUCCAGCACGAGAACGCCGAAUUACGCCGUGAUCUUGGUGCCCAAACAUCCAUGCUUACGUCUCGGAACCGUGAGAGAGAACGUCUUCAGCAAGAGAUUGAGGACUUGAAACUGCUGCAUCGCAGGGUAGAUGGUGGUCGCUCCAUGACAGGCGACAGCAUCUUCGACCGUUCCGUAUCUCGACAAAAUCAAUACCAGCGAUCUACAUCUCGGACUAGUGGGCAGACUCAAGCUACUAUGAGCGAUGCUGAAAGAGACGGUUAUGAACAACGAGAAGGUAUCCUGCGUGACCAGAAUGCCGCACUCAGAUUGGACAUCCAAGACAUGCAACGACAAUUCAACGAGCAAACCGAGCUCAUUGCAGAGCUUGAAGAAGCUGUUCAGAUCUCUGAAAAUGAGCUGGACGCUGCGGUCGAAGACCUGAGGAUGGUACAGAAUCAACGCAACGAGGCCAUCCAACAGCUCGAAGCGACAGAGCUGGAACUUGAGCAUGCCAAAGCCGAACAUGAAAGACUUAGAAUCGAAGCUGUUAGUGCCAUCGAAGAUCUGGAAGACAGUCUUGACAAGACGGAACAAGGACGUGAGCGCAUCGCUUCGGACUUGAAAGAUCGCGAAGAUGACUUCAAGGCUCUCCAGCAUGAAUUACACAACCUCAAUGACAGUCUUGUCCAGCUGGAAGAUGAUAGGACAUCGGCUUUGAAGCGUAUCGAGAUGCUUGAGCAGGAGCUUGAAGACGCAAACACAGAACUGGACGAGAUGGAGAAGAACUGGCGCGAGACUGCCUUGAAGAACAACCGGCUUGAUGUUCAGGCAGAAUCCUUACACAACGAGAUUUCCUUCCUCCGUGAAGAGCAAGAAGGCGACAAGAUCAAGAUUGGUGAUUUGGAAAACAGCCUUAACGCCGCUCAGGAGAUGAUUCAAGACGAGAAGGAGAAAAUGCAAGAGCUUGAGGAAAGUCUUGUAGAGGAACGCCGCCAGCGUGAAAUAGUCGACAACCAGUCCAAGCAGGAGGUGCAGAAGAUGAUUGACGAUCUCAAUGACGAAAACACAAAGUCGAGGGAUGAAGUCAGAAGCAUCAAGCAGACUCUACGUCAAACUGAGACCGAAACCACAAAGUAUAAGACCAGACUGGAUGAGCUCGAGACUAGUCUUAGGCGAGUGCUUGGUGACAGACGCUCUGGCUGGCUUCAAGAGAUUCAAAGAAUGCAGGACGACUUGGAGAACACCAUGCACGAUCUCAACGAAGCCAAGACACAACUGGCAGAGAAAGACCGUCUGCUACGCAACAGAGACCAAUUACUUGAAAGCAGUGGCUUGGAAAGCAAGAAACUAUCUGACAUGCUGGAGAAGGAACGCUCUCUCCGCCGAAAAGAACUUCACCAGUUCGAGCUGUCUCAACGCGGUAGCUCGACCAAUGCACGCAUGAUGGCUCAACAUGAAUCUCGUGCUCUGGAUCUGGAGACUGCUCGUAGCCAAGAUCGUCGCAAGAUGAUGCAGCUCGAACAACAAUACCGAGACCAGCUUGUUGAACGCAACCAGCUGCUCUUCACGCUCUGGACAAAACUCUCAACCCUCUGCGGCAACGAAUGGUCUUCCCACCACGGCAGCAUCAAUGGCGAACCCACCUCCAUCGACACCAUAUCCCGCAACCUGCAACCCUUCACCAACAACAUCCUCUCCGCAAUCAAAGCCAUCGAGACCUUGAUGUCCAACUGCAAAGCCCAGAUCCGCAGCGUUGAAAAGAACCUCCGCAAAGACUAUCAAGUCCUAGAGCAAAACCUCGACGUCCGCGUCAAGAAAAUGGAGUUCCUGGAACGAGCAGUCAAAGACGCCCAAUCAGCCAUCGAAGCACAAGCGCAAGAGUCAGCAGCCCUCCGCUCCCAACAAAACAUGAACCGCACCUCCAAAUACAGCACCGAAGAAGCCGCGAAACUAAAGCAAGAGAUUAAGAUUCUCAAAGCUGAGAUUCGUUUCCACAAAUCCAGUGAAAACAAAGGCAAAGAAGCAGAGGCAAAAAAGGACACAAGUAAUCAACUGACGCCUAGAGCCAGCAUGGCAAAUUCAUUGCUUAGACAUCAUUCUUCGUCGGCAAUAGAAGUGCUGCAAGCGGCAAAUGCAGCCCCUGCAGCAGGUGCCGCGGCAAGAAAUCCUAGUAUUGUUAUUGCGACACCGCCUUUGCAGCCCUCUGAACAACGCUGGAUCCAUCGUCUCAAGGAAUUGGAACGAAGACUCAAAGCCGAGCGAGAAGGCAGGCUUUUGGAUCGCAAAGGUGCGAGACAAAGGUUAGAGGAAAGAGACUUGCAAUUGGAAGAUUUGCGGGGGAUGCUGGAGAGGGAAAAAGAUAGAAGAGGUAGUUUUGGUAGUUCACAAUGGGAGGAAGGCGGUGAGGAGGGGAGGAGUAGUAGGUUGAGUAAGGUAUCGGGGGUUAGUGGGAGGAGAGAUAGGGAGAGGGAUGGUAGUGUUGAUUAA